CUCUCAUGUGAAUUCACCCAUCCACUUGCACACCCUCUUUCAUCUCUCUCUAGACACUGUCUCUACAUAGACGUAUUUGUAUAUAAAUGUGCAUGUAUACAUAUACAUGUUGUAUUAUCCACCAAUAAUUAUAAUGCAACUUGUAUAUAACAAGUAGCCAUGAAUCUUCCUGGUUUCUCACCAUCUCCGAGUUGACCCACCUCACCUACAUCUCUUCCGUAUAUUUUACGUAUAUCAACAAGCACGCACACACACAUAUAUCGCCAUGAGUAAAAACAAAUAAGAUUUUAUUAGUUAUUAUUUGAUAAUCGCAAUAAAACUAUAAUACAUAUGCACCAUACACAAUAAGCAUUCCAAGUGUUCCUAUAUAUACUCAACCUUUCUCUUACACCCACUUCAUAAUCAUCAUAUUUCUCUCUCUAUAUACAACCUCAUUCUUCUUCCUGCUUUCUCUCUCCUUCAAGAAGACUAAUUGCUAAUUACAAUGGAUGGAAGUUCCACUGAUGAUCAAAGCACAACUACAGACACAGCUUCAACUGUUGCAGCACCGGUGACUACGCCUCCACUGAUCGGCAGUGGGGGCAGCAUGGUUCUCGACAUGGAAGGUGGUUUGGAAGCCGAGUCGAGGAAGCUGCCUUCGUCAAGGUUCAAAGGGGUAGUCCCACAACCAAACGGCCGUUGGGGUGCUCAGAUUUACGAGAAACACCAACGCGUGUGGCUUGGAACCUUCAACGAAGAACAUGAAGCCGCUAAGGCGUAUGAUACUGCCGUUCAGCGCUUCCGUGGUCGCGAUGCUGUCACCAACUUCAAGCCGCUUCCAGCCGACACAGAAGAAGCCGGGUUGGAAGCCAGUUUCUUGAAUUCGCAUUCAAAAGCUGAGAUCGUCGAUAUGUUGAGGAAACACACAUAUAACGAUGAGCUAGAACAAAGUAAGAGAAGCUGCAACUUAAACAAGACCCCUUUUACAAACGGGUUUAGAUCGGGUCAACAGUUGGUCAACGCCCGGGAACAACUCUUUGAGAAGACAGUCACACCCAGCGACGUCGGAAAACUAAACCGGUUAGUGAUACCAAAGCAGCAUGCUGAGAAACACUUCCCGUUGCAAAGCGGAAGCACUUCCAAAGGAGUUCUUUUACAUUUCGAAGACAUCGGGAUGAAAGUAUGGAGAUUUCGUUAUUCAUACUGGAAUAGUAGCCAGAGCUACGUUUUGACCAAAGGGUGGAGCCGAUUCGUGAAGGAAAAGAACUUAAAAGCGGGUGACAGUGUGAGCUUUCAGAGAUCCACGGGUUCAGACAAGCAACUUUACAUCGACUGGAAGACCAAAAACGGGUCGGGUAGCUCAAAUAUUCCAGAACAAGUCCAACCGGUUCACAUGUUUAGGCUGUUUGGAGUCAAUAUAUCGAGUGCAAGUAGUCAUGGCGUUGAAAGCAGUUGCAAUGGGGGUUUGUUUGAUAAUGUUUCGGACUAGCUACCUUUUUCCUAGCGAUGAUGAUGAGGAAUGAAGCUGGAAAGUGGUGGGAACGGAAUAGAGCAGGGUGCAAGUUGCAAAAGUUUGUAUAUUUAUUUUAGAAAUCGAAAAGAUAAUUGAGCAAAAGAAAGCUCAAUGUAGGGAACAAGUUGAACAGUUGUAAAAACGAACAAAAAUAGAAACUCUUUGUUUUCCAAAAUCCAUCAUCUUGAUUUGGUUGUUGAUUAAUAUUUGAUGUUCGAAUAUGCAUGUUUAUUAUAACGUAUAUUUAUUUUAGAAAUCUAAAAGAUAACUUAG